UGGCUGCUAAGCUUAUCCUGCAGUCCUGGGUUGUGCAUCCCACAGAACAGGCCUGGAGGCCACCCUGUGCAUGACGUGCAGCACAGGGGAAGCCUGGACCUACUCUGGUUUAAUUGUUCUGUGGAUCACCAGCUCCUUGGUGUGCCGUGGCCUUCAGGCAAAAAUGUCUGCAGCGUGUGACUUCGUUACACUCCACAAUGGGCAGAAGAUGCCUCUCGUGGGACUGGGAACUUGGAAAAGUGACCGUGGCCAAGUGAAGGACGCCGUGAAAUGUGCCCUGAGCGUGGGCUAUCGCCACAUCGACUGCGCCGCGGCCUACAGCAACGAGGCCGAGAUCGGGGAGGCCUUCCAGGAGUGUGUUGGGCCCAACAAGGUUAUUAAAAGGGAGGACCUGUUUGUAACAUCAAAGCUCUGGAAUACCAAGCACCACCCAGAAGAUGUAGAGCCAGCACUGAGGAAAACACUUGGAGAUAUGAAGCUGGAUUACCUGGACCUGUACCUUAUGCACUGGCCUCAUGCCUUUGAGCGAGGGGACAAUCUCUUCCCGAAGAAUCCUGAUAACACGAUGCGCUACGAUUACACCGAUUACAAGGAUACCUGGAAGGCCAUGGAGAAACUGGUGGAAAAAGGUCUUGUGAAAGCCAUUGGGCUGUCAAACUUCAACAGUCGUCAGAUCGAUGAUGUGCUGAGUGUGGCUACAGUCAAACCAGCUGUGCUCCAGGUGGAAUGCCAUCCUUACCUGGCUCAGAACGAGCUGAUUGCUCACUGCCAGAAACGGGGACUGGUUGUCACUGCCUACAGUCCCCUGGGUUCUCCAGACCGUAUGUGGAAACACCCAGAUGAGCCCGUGCUUCUAGAAGAACCUGGCAUCAAAAAAAUUGCAGAAAAAUACAGCAAGUCACCUGCACAGAUCAUCCUCAGAUGGCAAGUGCAGCGUAAAGUGGUUGCCAUUCCCAAGAGUGUCACUCCUGCUCGCAUUCAGCAGAAUCUCCAGGUGUUUGAUUUCAGCCUCACAGACCAGGAGAUGAGCCACAUUGCAAGCCUGAAUAAAAACUGGCGUUACAUUGUGCCAAUGAUCACGGUGGAUGGAAAGCUUGUAGCCAGAGAUGCUGGACACCCCCAUUACCCCUUCAAUGACCCCUAUUAACUACAAGAAAAUAAGGUGUUAAAGUAACAUGCUCCUCUUAGUGGCCUUCCACAGAAUAAUUGUUGCCACAAUUUGUCAAAAACACUGCCCAAAUUUAAACCUUCCUUCCUCAGCAGGUUUACCUACAAUGUACUGUUUCUAAUCGACCUCCUUUCUGGAGAUACUGUAGCUUCCAUGUCAGAGUUUGUGGAUUUAUUACAAUGACUACAAGCUUGCUGCUGGAAGCAUCAAAUCUUUUGGAGAUUAGGUAGAGUGGUGGAGUCUAAAUCAAGUUCCAAACAUGUCAUUAUCAAGCUAGGGCAAUACUUUGGGUUUACUGCCUGUGAAACGGUUUUGAAAACUUUAGUUGUUACCAUGAGGGGAAAAAAUGAAAAAAAA